AUGACCUGCUGUGAAGGAUGGACAUCCUGCAACGGAAUCAGCCUGCUGAUUCUACUUCUGUUGGGAGUAAUUCUCAACGCCAUACCGCUAAUUGUCAACUUAGUUGAAGACCAAGGUUUUCAAAACCCCAUCUCUUGCUUUGAGUGGUGGUUCCCAGGAAUUAUUGGAGCAGGUGUGAUGGUUAUCCCAGCAACAACAAUGUCCUUGGCAGCAAGAAAAAGAGCGUGCUGCAACAACAAAGUCGGAAUGUUUCUUUCAUCACUGUUGAACGUACUCACAGUCAUUGGUGCUGUGUAUUGCAUGUUGGUAUCUAUCCAGGCUCUUGAAGAAGGUCCUCUCAUCUGUAACUCUCAAAGCAACAGUACUUCCAGCUGUGAAUUUUCAUUUAAAAACUUAAGGGACAUUCAUCCAGAAUCCUUCAACCUGCAGUGGUUCCUCAAUGAAUCUUGCACAAAGUCUACUGGUUCCAAUAAUCUCACCAACAACAAGGUCACAGCCAGCGACUGGAGAAGCUUGAACUUCGAGUCUACAGAAGACAAAUACAAGACUAUCCAUUUCUCAGUAUUUUUAGGUCUACUGCUUGUGGGAAUUCUUGAGCUCCUGUUUGGACUCAGUCAGAUAGUCAUCGGUUUCCUUGGCUGUCUGUGUGGAGUCUCUAAGCGAAGAAGUCGAAUUGUGUAACUUAAUGGUAAUGAAAUGGAAAUAUUAGCAGUUUGAAUCAUGAAAACUACAUUUAAAAGACACUCUUUUAGAAACCAGAAGUUCAAUAACGGAACAUUAUCUAGAAAGCUGUAUGAGUCAUUUUAGUGCAAAAGGUUGUUUUUAAAGCCACCUUGGAGGUGAUUCUUUUAAAUAGAAAGCAUGUUGGUAAAUGCAUAACACUUUCAUACGGAAAGGAAAAAUCAUCAGUGGUUGACUUUGGGGACAAGUAGAGAGAAGCUUUCAAUUUGUUUUGUAUCUUUCUGUACUAGUUGAAUUUUCUAACUCUAUAUUCCUGUGUGUGGAGAGAGGAAGAGAGGGAGGGAGAAAGGAAAAGGGAAGACAGGGAGGGAGGUCAGGACAAGAAGGAGCAGAAGUUAUCCUGGAA